GACUCCCAGGCUGCUUCCCUCCCUCCCUCACACACACAUCGACUGGAAACUGACUGGAGAGCAACGCACAGGGAGAGCCAGCUAUACAGACACACAGAGCAGAGAACAGGGACCACCGAGAGCCACACCACUGAGGCAUUAUACCCUCCUCCCAUAGUUUUCAUUUUUCUGUGCCUCAACCUCCUACUCAGCUAAUAUUUCACAUGAUUAAACAUCCACAACUGUUCAUACAUAUAAAUAUUUUGGAAAUGUUUUAAACGUGUUUUUUUUUUGUGACAUAGAAUUUAACAGAACCUGGAACAGCACCUGGAAUUGGUGUUUUUUUUUUUUUUUUGAGGUUUAUUGGGGUGAUGUGGGAGUAAAUUAAUUAAAUGAAGCCUCAAGCUGGCAACCUCUGUGAAAUAUUCUUCAUUUAGUGUUGACAGCAUGCAAAAGAAGAUGAUCCGUGAAAAAUUGAUGAAUGCUGAAAAAUCACCCAGAAAGAAAUAAUAAAAACAGUCACCUUUCGUAAAAUAAACCAAAAAAAAAUUCAAAGCAACAUUUUUUCGUGUAUAGAAGGUCUCACCCAAUAAAUAAAGGUGACUGAGUUACCAUACUUCGGUGAUUUGCCCCCUCUUCCUCCCCCCACCCCCUUCCACCUGUCCUCCCCAGAAAUGUCCAAUAUGAACACUAAUGUUUGCGUGGAGAAUGGACAGAACCCAGAGGUUUCAGUGCUCCCCAAGGAUAACCUGGUGGAGGGGGCUCUCAACAGCCUCAUGGAUUACAACUCGGAAAUGGAGAGGUACAGGUCCUUUGCUACUUUUUACAAAACAAAUGGGGGUUUCCCACAGGCUGCUAAAAUCGCCCGGAUAACCACCCCUAUCUUCCCCAGUGCCCGGAUCGGAAUGUCCCCCUGGAACUGUGAUAAUACUAUGCUCUGGGGUAGAAAGUCAGCUGCCAUCAACCCUAACAGGACCAGCAUGCACAGAAAUGACUCCCAGAGGCUGGGGAAACCUGGCGGGGCGCCAGAGUCGUUGCAAAUGGCAAAUAAUAAUUUCCUUUCCACCUUAUCCCCUGAACACUGCAGACCUUUGGCAGGGGAAUGCAUGAACAAGCUCAAAUGCGGCGCCGCUGAAGCAGAGAUAAUGAAUCUCCCUGAACGUGUGGGGACUUUUUCCGCUAUCCCGGCUCUAGGGGGCAUCUCAUUACCUCCAGGGGUCAUCGUCAUGACAGCCCUUCACUCCCCCGCAGCAGCCUCAGCAGCCGUCACAGACAGUGCGUUUCAAAUUGCCAAUCUGGCAGACUGCCCGCAGAAUAAUUCCUCAGGAGCCAGUGGGAACCCUGCCAAAAAGAAGAGGAAAAGGUGCGGGGUGUGUGUCCCUUGCAAGCGGCUCAUCAACUGUGGAGUCUGCAGCAGUUGCAGGAACCGCAAAACGGGACACCAGAUCUGCAAAUUUAGGAAAUGUGAAGAGCUUAAGAAAAAACCUGGCACUUCACUAGAGAGAACACCAGUCCCCAGUGCUGAAGCAUUCCGAUGGUUCUUUUAAGAAAUUGUAUAUCUUGCUUCCAAGGCACUCUGAAGUGAAUGACAAGCUCUGGUCUUGUUUUGGGAACUGCAAAGUCUGCGAAUGAAAAAAUAUAAUAAGACAUUAUUUUCAUUUAUGUACAGAUGUUUCCUCAAAAAUAUGAAGAAAAAAGAAAAAAAAAAGCAGUAAACAAAAGACCAAUUUACUACACAGGUUAUUUAAUGUAAUUUAGCUAUUAUUAACAGUGAAAUUGUCUACUUUAAAGUGACUGACUGAAAAAGGAAACUGUUUGGGUACACCCCCGAUGUAAAAUGAUGUAACUUUGAAAGAAAAAAAAAAAGAAAAAAACAUAUCUAUACUUCAUUUCCAAAUAUGUGUUUCAGUACUGUAAACUGUACAGAUAGCAGCUUGUAUUUUGUGUGUUUAGACACAAGGAGACAAUCAUGUCUGAGCAUCUAUAUAAAGAAUUACAGUUUGUACACAGCAGUGUGGUUCUACAAACUUAAAUCUGGAGCAAUAAAUUCUAGCUUUAAAUAUUAUUUUGCCAGCUGGUUAGCUACAGCAGCAAUGACACUGUUUUACCCAUGCAUUCAAUUCACUAUGGCUCAAUUUGUAAUUCCACAAGGUUAAAGGAUUAUUAUCCAUCUAUCAAUUAUUGUCAAGUGGCAGCAACUGUAAGAAAAGUAAACCUGUAAAUUCUUAUCUGCCAAGCAUGGCAUUACAUUCCCUGUGCAUAGGACCAUUACCAUUUACAUGCCCCAGGCACAAUCCAGACACAAGGAUAUGACAUUUUAGUGUCUGGUAUCUUGUAUUAUUGUAAAAAAAAAUAUCAGUAGUAAAAAAAGGAUAACCUCAA